AUUUGAGUUCCGACUGCAGAAACCCUUACCCGCCCCCUCCGCGCUCCCACCUGGUCGAGACUUCUAGAGAGAGAGAGAGAGAGAGAGAGAGAGAGAGAGAGAGGAUGGCUAAUACAGAAGUGGAAGCGGUGGACUUCGAGCCGGAGGACGACGAUCUCAUGGACGAGGACGGCGGCGUCGACGUGGACGCUGCUCCUAUGCCCAAGCUCAAAUCCGCCAUCACUGGCGGCGCCUCCGAGCCCAAGAGGACCAAAGGCCGUGGCUUUCGACAAGAGACCGACGCAGCCGAUCGAAACACCCGCUUGGCUGGUCGAUUCGACUCCCUCGACUCCGAUGGCGGGCCCGGUCCUGAACGAUCCAUUGAAGGAUGGAUUAUUCUGGUCACUGGAGUUCAUGAAGAGGCACAAGAAGAUGAUCUGCAAAAUGCAUUUGGUGAAUUUGGGGAGAUUAAGAAUUUGCAUUUGAAUCUUGAUCGUCGAACUGGUUUUGUCAAGGGCUAUGCGCUAAUUGAAUAUGAGAACCGUGACGAGGCACAAAAAGCUAUAAGUGAAAUGGAUGGAACCGAGCUGCUCACCCAAAACAUCACUGUCGAUUGGGCCUUCAGCAGGGGUCCGUUUAAAAGGAGGAACAUGAGGAGGAGAUCACCACGUGGACACCGAUCAAGAAGUCCCAGGAGGAGAUUCUAGUUAUGCAAUUGUUUUGAGGAUUUCAUGUCGGAUGAAAAACUGGAUGUUUGGACAAGUUUUUCCUUUUCUUAACUUGUUACUGACUGUAUGAGUGAUGUUAAUCUAUUUGCUGUGGAUCUUUUGCUCUCACUCACUUUGCCUUUAGUUUUCCUCGUCUUUUUCUUUUUCUUCCCUCAUCCCCAGUUUUAAAGUUUGCAGAGAAAAUGGGAUUGAUUUCAGAUGAGUUGCAACAUGGCAUUUGCUUGUGCUUUAGGAUUUACGGAACAUUGCGAUGUAUUGAGGGGACUUGUGUAUUGAUUAUAUAUUAUGUAUUUUGUAUUUUUUA